AAUAUUUAACAAAAUAAAAACAAACAAAAAAAAAACAAUAAAAAAUCAGAAAAGUUUUCGAAUUCAAAAAAGAAACUAAAAAAAUUAAACAUAAUAUAAACUUAACUUAAAUUUAGACCUAAGCAACUAAGCGAACCCGUGCCGAGCAAUUUUUUAUACCCAAAACUCGAGCCACGAUCGUCAAAACAAUACUAUUCUAUGUUCACCACCCGAAUAUCCGGCGAAAUGAAGAUCUUUGCCGCAGAUGUUGCCGAGAGCAGCGCAACAGCAACAUGCAACACGCCCGUGCAGCAGCAACAGCAGCAGCAGCAGCAACUCGAGUUCCGGUCACGAAUGUCCAAUGGAUCGCCGGGCUCCAAGACGGGACAAUGCCAUCUGAAGUUCGGCAAGUACAACAACAAGACGGCCAAUCUGCUGCGCCAGGUGAGCAGCUGCCACAGCGGCAGCAACAACAGCAGCAACAUCAGCAACACCAGCAGCAGCAACGAGGCCAACAAGGGCCAACAGCAGCAGCAACUGCACUAUUGCAACAACAGUCACUCGUGGGCACGCAAAAAAUACUUUGGCAACAGCAACAACAAUGUGCAGCAGCAACAGCAACAGCAGCAAUCUGCGUACUACCAGCGACAGCAGCAACAGCAACAACAGCAGCAGCAGCAACACCAGAUUCAGCAGCAGCAGGAUCAGCAAUCUUUAAACAACAACAAUGUGCUGAUGAAGAAUCAAAAUAUCUUGCAACAGCAAGUCUCAGAUUGCAAGACCAGCGACAGCAACAACAACAGCAGCAGCAGCAACCGGAUGGCGGCAAAGCCAGCCAAAUUUCCUAACGACAACAGCAGCAGCAGCAACAUAGGUAACAAUAUCAUCGGUUGCAGAAAUAGCAACAGCAACAGCAACACCAUUAGUACUAAGAAGCGCAACUCAUCAGCGGCAGAUGCAACUGCUGCCUACUAUCGCAAGGAAUCUGGAAACCCGGAAGUUGCAGCAGGGACAACGGAAACGGAUGCAGCAGCAACAGAUGCCUGCAACAUUAGCCCCCCAACAACAGGAUCGAGCGCAGGGAGUACCAAUACGGAAACAUCCUUGGCUAAGACUCAGGAUCCAGAACAGGAUCAGACGGCGAAGCAGCGACCGCGACAGCAGCCCCUCAGUUUCUGGAAAACCAAUUACCCGCAGGCAACAGCCAGCCAGCUGAAAGAUAAGGAGACAGUUGCAGCAGUGGUAUCGGCAGCCGCAGCCGCUGCAUCCGAGCAGCAGCAGCAACAGCAGACGCUGUCCUUCGAGCACAGACGCAAUUCGGGCUACCAGCAACAUCAGCAGAACAAUUACUAUCAGUACUACUAUUCGCAGCCCAAGCAGUUGACCAUCGCCUCGUUUCUGCAGAAGGAACUGCUGCCCGAGAGCCUCGACAAGCCCACCCAGCAGAGCAGCAGCAACACAGGCAGCAGCAGCAACAGCAACACAGGCAACAGUAGCAGCAACAGCAGCAAUCUCCUCAGCAGCAGCGGCAACAGCAACGGCAACAGCAACAGCAACAACAACUACUCACGGCAGCAAUAUGGCCACCAGUCGGUUGGGAAUGGCUACCAUCAGCAGCAGCAGCGCUACCGCAAUGCCCAGAAUGCCUACCAGCAAUACCAGCAUCAGCACCAGCACCAGCAGCAGCAACAUCACGCCCAGCAGCAACAUUCGCACCAGCAGGGGAUGGGCAACUCGCACUUCCGCCGGAAGAACAGCGACAACAGCAACCACAGCAGUGGGAUCAAUCAGAAGAAGAUGCACUAUAGUCCUCCGGGAAAGAAUGGAGAGCUAACGGACAGAUCCUCUUCGGGACAGCAGCAGCAGCAACAGCAGCAACACCACCAUCCGCAUCAACAGCAGAAGACCAUCGAGAUCCUGGCCAGCAGCAACUUCAACGCCAUGCACCGCCGGAUGCAGGGGGGAAACAACAAGAACGGCUACUACCAGCACAACUAUCAUCCGCUGGCCGGCGAGCCCGGAUCCACGCCUACGCGUUCCGAGCACCAGAACAUCUACAAUCUCACCUACAUCCAUGUGGACAUGGAAGCCACGGCAACCGGCGAAGCUGGAGGAUCAGCAAAUACAGUGGUAGCGGGUGCAACAGCGGUGGUCAAGCCCCCGCUGCUGAGCAAGCCGAGCAUUUCCAUAACCCCAGCCGCGGCUACAACGCCAACUGCCACCGUGGAACGAGCCAUACCUCCUGCUCCGCUUCGCUCCGUAGCCGCUCCUGCUCUGCCGCCGCCAACGAGCCAUGUCCGCAACAUGUUUGCCCCGCCACCGCUGGCACUGAUUGGUGCCCACGGCCUGCUCUCCCCGGUGACCACCACCUCCACGCCCACCAAAAUGAUCAGCUGCGCCCAGCUGGACGAGGCCAUUACGGCGGCCGCCGCCAGCGGUGACCAGUCGGUGACCACGAGUCCCAGUUUCAACCAGGCAGGGUCCUUCGUUGUUCCACCCCAGCACCAGCAGCCGUCGCACCUAAUCCCGCCCUGCUCCACCUCACAGCCUCCGCCACCGCCGCCCCCACAGAUGUUCUUCCACUUUGCCGAAGGGUUCUGCAAUCCGGGAAUGGGUCACCAGGCGCGUCCAGCUCCCGUGUGGCCUCAUUCCACUUCGCCCUGCUACCCAGCUUCCUAUGGAUCCAGCUGCAGCCUAAGCGGAAAUGGAACGGGCUCAGGAACCUCGCCACACAACAAGGAUGGGAAUGUGGUUGGAGUGCGGCCCGUGUCGCCCGCUCUAUCCUCUUCCUCACUGGGCAGUGAAUCCCAUUGGAGCAGUACCAGCAAUCGCAGUCGCUUGGGACAUGGAGGACACCUCUCUAUAUCGCCCACACCCAGCGCUCUGGGAUCUGCCCAGCUCUCUCCACAUCUGGCCGAGAUGGGUGUGCCACAUCCGCUGCACCAGCAACAUCCUCCUCCGCUCUCCAACCACCAUCUUCAUGGGCAAAUGAAUGGACAUGCAAUGAACUCCUAUGUAAGCCAUCGACCACCACCGCCGCCACAUCCACCCAUCUCAUCGCCGACCCCCACGAUAGGAGCCACAGGAGGAGGUGGAGGAGGAGGAACAGGAGCAGGAGGACCCUGGUACGAGCUGCUCCUGCCCCCCGAUCGCUACCUGGCCCAGGCGCGAAACGUUGAGGUCGCCGUCCAGCCGGAAAAGCUCAUCUGCAUGUGCAAGUACGACAAGCUGUCUGCUGAGAUCUGGAAGAGAUUCCGGGGGGCCCAGCAGACGCACAAGAAGUUUAAGAUGAAGAUGCGUCUCUGGCGAUACCUCUUCCUCUGGAUGAAUCAGCCCAUGUUCGAGAGGUAUCGCAUCUGCCUGGUGGGAUCGACGAUCACGGGCUUUGGAACAGACUCCUCCGACAUUGACAUGUGCCUGCUGCCCGAGCAGGGGGCCCAUCUUCACCAGCAGCACUAUCACCAACACCAUCACUUUCACAACGAGAAGCGAACCGAGGCCCUGAUCAUCCUCACUUUGUUCAAUGCAGUGCUAAAGGACACGGAGGUCUUCCAGGACUUCAAUUUGAUCGAGGCGAGGGUGCCGAUACUGCGCUUCAAGGACAUUUCCAAUGGAAUCGAGGUCGACCUGAACUUUAACAACUGCGUGGGUAUUAAAAACACCUAUCUGCUGCAGUUUUACGCCCAACUGGAUUGGCGAACACGACCGUUGGUGGUGAUUGUGAAGCUCUGGGCCCAGUACCAUGACAUCAACGACGCCAAACGCAUGACCAUAUCCAGCUACUCGCUGGUUCUAAUGGUGCUCCACUACCUCCAGCAUGCCUGCGUGCCCCAUGUGCUGCCCUGCCUGCACACCCUGUAUCCAGAGAAGUUCCAGCUGGGACAACAGGAUUGCCUGGACCUGGACCUCAUCGAACCGAUUGAACCCUACCAGGGUUUGAACAAUCAGACGCUCGGCGAGCACCUUCUGGGCUUUUUCAAGUACUACAGCAGCUUUGACUUCCGGAACUUUGCCAUCUCCAUACGAACUGGCGGCGUCCUUCCGGUGUCCACUUGUCGCAUGGCCAAGAGUCCCAAGAACGACGUCUACCAGUGGAAGGAGCUCAACAUCGAGGAGCCCUUCGAUCUGUCCAACACGGCGCGCUCCGUCUACGACUAUGCCACGUUUGAGCGCGUAAAAAGUGUGUUCCUGGCCUCGGCCCGUCGCCUGGAUCACACCCUCGACCUGGCCACCAUCUUCCGGCCCAUCCACCACGUCCCAGAGAACUUUGCCCCCCAGCAGCCGUCGUCGUUUGAGCAGCAGCUGCACUAUCCCAAUCCCGGCCAGCAGCGGAGUGGAGGAGGUGGUGCCGCUGCCAUGUCCAGCAGACUGAUCCCAGAUGCACCCACCACCUUUGCCGAAACGGCAGCAGCGAAUGUCGCCUAAUUGGGGACAGAUACUUGCGAGAAUAUGAAGAAAAUACAAAAAAAAAAAGAUAAAUAAAAUGUCCAACAAUGUUAAAUCAGAACAAGAAACCUUGUAAAUUGAAAUUCAUAAAAUGCAUAAUUCCAAAAGAUAAUUGUGAAAAACCGAACGGAAUUGAAUUUCAAUAAACUUGAAAAUGCAUCCCCAUCUUGUUAAAUGUUAUUAUAUUCAUUUAUUUAUGCUUUUACAAACCCAAAGUGUUUUAAACGAACUCCAUUAAUGAUUGUAAACAUCCACGGAGGCGUGCGAUGUUCGUCCCUCCAGUGGCUUGUAUGUAUCUUUUUGAAAAACAAAAUGUCACCCGAAAAUGUAAAAUUCCAAGUUCUGUUAAAUAUACAACACAAAACAUG